CAGCGGGAGGAGCCCGCGGGCAAGAUCCCGGCCCGCCGCCUGCGCAGGGCCGCCCGCCUCCACCGCCGGCUGGGGCCCACGGGCAAGGAGGCGCACGCUCUGAAAAGGCUGCGUGAAGCUGCCAAUAGCAAUGAUUUGGACACAGCAACUCCUGGAGGAUGGAGCUGACCCCUGUGCUGCGGACGACAAAGGCCGGACAGCCCUGCACUUUGCCUCCUGCAAUGGCAACGAUCACAUUGUCCAACUGCUUCUGGACCAUGGGGCUGAUCCAAACCAGAGAGAUGGGCUGGGCAAUACUCCCUUACACUUGGCUGCCUGCACGAACCACGUUCCUGUCAUCACCACGCUGCUGCGCGGAGGGGCCAGAGUUGAUGCCUUGGAUCGAGCUGGCAGAACCCCACUGCACCUGGCUAAGUCAAAGCUGAAUAUCCUGCAGGAAGGAUUCUCCCACAGCCUGGAGGCUGUACGCCUUGAAGUGAAACAGAUUAUCCAGAUGUUGCGGGAAUACCUAGACCGUCUGGGGAGGCAUGAGCAAAAGGAACAGCUGGAUGACCUCUGCUCCAGGCUACAGAUGACUAGCACAAAGGAGCAGGUGGAUGAGGUUACAGACCUCCUGGCCAGCUUCACGUCACUCAGCCUGCAGAUGCAGAAGAUGGACAACAGCCCAGCCUUGAUGUCCAUGUACACCCAGCUGCCAGCGCUUCUGCCCUCAGCAGCCUUGUUGCUGAGGAGACCAUUAAGGUGCCUGAAGAGCACGUGGCUAAAAUGCUUUUUAUCUCUGCAGUUACUUCAGUUGCUGAUGUUGUCUCUAAGUAGACACCUCUUGCAAGCUCUCCUCAAACCCAGGAACACAUCUAGCUGAGACUCUGAGUGAAGCUUUUAGUCUCGGCCCACGUGAUGUUGUCAACAGAUCUUCAUGUUUUUUUCUUGCCUAGUGCUGGGUUUUUUCUUAACAGCUCCUGACAGAGGGGAAAGGUGGGGGUGCUGCAGCCAGCCAGGAGCAAUUGUCUUGCUGCUUUUGCCACAGUGCUCCCACCAUGGCAGGAGAGGCAAUAAAAACCAAAUGGCUAUAGGAAGUUUUGCCACUGUUUUAGCAGUAAUACCAGGUAAGAAAGAGAAAAGCACAUCUGGUUUUCAGUGGAGAAAAAAAUGUAUCACAUAGGAAUUGUAUUCUAUGAAUCACCACAGUCAGUUCUGCUUUCCUGCCUCAGGGCUUGAAGCUGUGGGCUGCCCUGAGCCUUAUGUGUUUGGCACUGGAUGGAGAAAAGUUUUAGGUUUCUUUGCAUCAGCCAGUCAUACCCAGAGCCUUAACCACCCUGUCAUGCUCAGCAGCUGUAUCCAGAAUGAGAAUUAGGUGCUGGGCAGGAAAGAAGCUGUUCCAGGGAAGGAGAAAACAUGGCUUCCCACUGUGCUGGGAGCUGUUGACUGGCACUGCCUGUUUUUUUUUCUGCUUCUGGCCUAGAGGCUUCAGCUUCUCCCAGCAGCUUUUCUCUGUCCUUGCACCCUGUGCCACAGAUUUCCCUGCACAACCUGUGAGGCUGGUGGCAGUUCUCUGUGUCUCCCAGAGAUGUCUGCUGCAGUAAUGGAGAAUAGAAACAACAGCACAGGUUUCCAUCUGCUAUUUAUUUUGCCAUUAGAAUCAGUCCAAACUCCUCAUUUUCUUUGUGCUACACCAUCAAAUGCAUCCCCCAGAUCUCUUCCUGGGCAAUGAUAAGUCCCCAUUCUCAGGGCCAUGAUAUGAACUGGGGCUUUGGGCUUUGGUUCCCUCUCACCACUACCUGACCUCCAAAUACACUCAAUCUCCUCUCCUGAUUCAGAGCAUGGAUCUGCAGAAUUCCCAGCCAUUGAACCCAGCAGCAACUUCCCUGGUUCUAAGGCUGCUGAUGUACUGUAAGAUGCAGCCAAAACCAGCCAGACUGAGGAUCUGCCUUGAGCAAGCGAAGGCAGAUCCUCAGAACCUGCUUGUGUCUCACAGAGGAGCCACAGCAGAAGCAGCAGCUCUGACAAGGCCUCCCAGCAAAGCUGCAUGGAUGUUACUAAGCAAAUGACCUUUCUCUGGAGCAGUCACUUCACCCACACAAUCGAGUGCAAAGCACACACUGCAAUGUGUGUGAACAUCAAGAAUUUGUUCAGCUCUUCAGCAGACAAAAUAAUUAAUCUCCAACAGCUAAACUCAUUUACUUUCUCCCCCUUUGCCUUUCUAGCAGACUUCAAAUCCAGCACAGCAAUUAUCUGUCUGCUAAGGAAGCCCCAUGAAGCGUCUUUGGCAAACUUCUCACCCUUUCACGCAUUUCCUUUGCUCACUCUGUGAGCAAAGGUCUCUUCCAUCACAGAAAAAGAUACUUACAAAGAUGCCUUCUUCAUGCAUUGUGCCUGACUAGCCUGGGGAGCAGCCCUGAGCAGGCCAGGGCCCAUGGGGUGACUAGGAGAAGGAAUCAGCAAGUUUUGAUUAGGAAGAUGCUAAAGGAGGUAUGGCAAACCACAUUCCUCUGGGUUUUUUUAAUGAAAUCUCUCAGAGGGGAAGAGAGCACAUGGAAGAAUUAAAAUAAUCACCUGGCAACUUGCUAGUGCUGGUCAUAGAUUAGCAACCAGCAGCUAAACCCAAAAGCAAAUAACGAGAAUUCCCUUCCCAGGGCUGCCAGAUUUACACACAGGGUCAUAAGCAGGAUGAGCUUCUUGGCACUGGGUCUGGCACUUCCCAGGAUGUCAGGCUCCUGUCACACAUGCCAGGGAGAUGCCAGAUACCAGAAUCAGCACACAGUUAGCAGGACUAAGUUACUCCACAGAGAAGAGCUGAUGCUUACCACUAGAUGCAGAACCCUGACCUGCUCACACCUCUCCCAUUUCAUCUACCCUGUUCCAGAUCUUGGAACAGCUGCACUCUACUGAUGUGGCAAACCAGUCCCUGCAGGGUUAAAGAGGAGCUUGUCAGCCUGAGUGAUGAAAAGUAGGGUAGAAAAUAAGAGAAAAGAGUAAUUAAUUAAGGCAAGAAGCUGGGAGCAGAGACUGCAGAAUGCCAAUCAGUCUGGAGGGAAGGCUGCGUGGAAAGCAGUAAUCAAACUCCUUCAGUUUUAAUUAAACCUGUCUCUCUAUCAAGGAUGUGA